CCUUGCGCGCUCCAUCUCCGCCGACACCGGGUGCCCGCGGCCACCGCCGACGCCCCCUCCCCCGCAUCACCCCCCGGGGGGCCGGGAGGAAUCCGGACAUUCCCCACCCUGGACCGAGCCGACUGCGGGACUGAGCUGAGCGGAUCCCGCGGCCGCUCCGGACGCCGCCCCGGCCGGAGCGCGGACACUCUGGGUCCCGGCUGAGCGCAUCCUGGGCGCCCAGCGGUGCCAGCUCGCGGGCAGGGCAGAGCACCCGGAAGGAUUCGGGACCCUGCGGAUCUGGACUGGACAGAGAGAAUCGCGAACCGUGAGGAUCCCUGGGAAUGCCAGGCUGAGGGGAUCCCGACGCCCUCCCCAGCCCUCCGACUUUGGCUCACGCUCCGGAACCGGCCCAGUGUUGCCUCGGCCGUCCUGCGCCCGGGUCACCUGUGGCCUCGGAGCCCCGAGCCCGCCGGACCCUCGCUCAUAUCGUCCCGGAGCCUGGCGGAGGUGGUGAGAGAUUUUUCCUGCCCCCUUCCCCGAAGCGCGGAGGCCCCGCCCCCUCCCACCGCCCAGAUGUCUCUGGCUGACGCUCCGAGGACCUUCCUGAGGCCAGGGUCCGAAGGGUCCAGAGAGAGAAGCCCGCCCUAGGGAGCCUUGGGGGCCCCCCAACCUCUCCUUGGGGCUUGGCCCCCGAAGCUGCUUGGAGGAAAGGCCGGUGCCCCCACCCUCGGGGGCUGCCCUCCUCGGAUCCAGCUUCCUCUCCAGCGCUGCCCAUGUCUGGAGCCCCCUCCACACCUGGAAGACCCUGACCACUGUCCCUCUGCAGUUUCAGUUGCCUCCAGAGACCUCUGCCUUUGCAACUGCCUAGGAGUUGCGAGGGGAUUGUUGCCUUUCCCCAUCCCAAGGGCAUCUCUUACCCUUAGUUCUUGCAGAAUCAUCCCCCUGCCUCAGCAACCAGGUUCAGGCAAAGAUAGGCUCUGUGCACCACAGGCACUCCAAGUCCUGGAAGCUGUUCUUUGGACCCAAGGCCCCUCCCCUUGCCCUUCUGUGUCCUCACUUUGAACCCCCCCCCCCUUGUCAUAUUCUGUCUCCCUCUGGGUGCUCCAUUCCCCACCCAGGGGCAAAGUAGGUGUAGUGGCAGGCUGCACGGUCUGGGUGAAGGCUGCCCAAGGCCAGGGUGGGCUGGGGGGCCGUUAAGAUGUGGAGCUCUGCCCGACCGAGGGGGGCUCGGUGGAGGCAGACGAAGUGUGUGCCCCCCUGGGGCGAGUAUGGGCAGGCCUGCGGCCACGUGGUGAAGGAUGAACAUUCGGGGUGCCCCAGACCUCGGGCAGCCCAGUGACGAUCCCAACAGUGGUGGAGAGCGGGAGCGGAUUCGACAGCGCAUGAAGAUGGUCAUCGGGCAGCUCGAAGGCAUUCUGAGGGAACUCAAGGAGGUGGCCAAGGAACUGAGGGAGGUGGUAAGUCAGAUCGACAAGCUAACCUCCGACUUUGACUUUGAACUGGAGCCAGACGACUGGACCACCGCCACUGUGAGCAGUACCUCCAGCAGCGACAAAGCAGGAGUAGGGGGCCCCUUUGACCUGGGCCACCUGGACUUCAUGACAGCUGAUAUCCUCUCAGACAGCUGGGAGUUCUGUUCCUUCCUGGACGUCUCUACCCCAUCAGACUCUGUGGAUGGUCCAGAGGCACCACGGCCAGGCACUGGCCCUGACUACCGACUCAUGAAUGGUGGCAUGCCCAUCCCCAAUGGACCACGAGUGGAGACACCAGACUCUUCCAGUGAGGAGGCCUUCAGUGCCGGCCCUAUGAAGGGUCAGGUAUCCCAGCGGACCCCAGGGACACGGGAGAGAGUACGGUUUAGUGACAAAGUGCUUUACCAUGCUCUGUGCUGUGAUGAUGAAGAGGGGGAUGGUGAAGUGGAGGAGGAGGCGGCAAGCCUGGCCCCAGAGCUGCCCCAUAUGGAGCCCCAUUCAGGCCCCCUCAAGCCUUCCCCAGCCCCCUACAAGACCAGGCGCUCUCCACUGACCACCAGAUGCUCAGGCCCCACGUUGGCCCCAGAACAGACCCGAAGGAUUACAAGGAACAGCAGCACCCAAACAGUAUCAGACAAGAGCACGCAGACAGUGCUGCCCUAUACGGCCACCAGACAGAAAGCCAAGGGCAAGAACUAGGGGCUGGGUGGGGGGAAUGCAUAGAGCUAUAAAUAUAUAUAUAUAUAUUUAAACAAACACAGUCAUAAUAAAAUUCAUAAAUACUAAGGAUCCGGGCCCAUCGGCCCCCAAAACUUCAGAAAGCUCAUCCUAAAAUAAUCAGAUGUACAGAGUCACCCUCCCCUCCCCAUGGCAGGACUCCUGAAGAGACUCUAACCCCACCCACACAUAGGUCCCCAGCACCACAGAGGUGUGUGGCUGCUGGCUUGGGUUAUGUCCUAGAGGGAAUUCAAAAGCUGGAGGUAGGCUAAAGGAGCAGUAUCCCAGGGUAGGGCUCACAUGAGAGACUGAGAACACAGAGUCAGGGUUGACAUCACUCUGGCUGGACCCUGGGUGACAAACACCCCCAUUCUUCUCCCAGGUAGACCUAUGCCUCUCCAACCUAAUGCAGAGUUGCCAGGAGAGAUGACCCUGCUUUACCUCCUGUAUCUUAGGUUGCUCUGGACACUGAGAAGGACAUCUGUUUCUGGGGCAGUUUUUACUGCUGGGAAGCUGGCAAUCACAGAGCCUGCAGGACCCUGAGAGCCUGGUUCACCAUGAUCCUUUCAGCUCCCAUUCUUUGCUCAUUCUAGGUGGUUCAGAAUCUCAGGUCAUAGCCCUGAGCAGACCAGAAGUCUGUGAACAAGGUGCAGCAGCUGUCACCAUGCUCUGGACCAAGUCACAAAUGCUAUUGGCCACUUCCUUCAGGCAGGCAGCUAAAAGUGGUGUACCAUGUCCCCACCCAGUCCCCGCUUCUCCGGCUCACCUUAGCAAGCCCUGAACGGAGAUAAGGAAAGAGUGUAGAGGCAACAGAGCUUCACCUGUAGCACAUCCUGCCCAGAGACCAUAUCUAAAUAUCCUGGGGAUGAUAGUGGCAAUCAUCUCUCACAUUUACUGGGCAGGUCACUGCGCCACUAAUAACCAUAAUGCAAUUUGCAGCAUUAUCUCAUUGCUUCACUUUUCACAUGAAAAGACUAAGGUUCAGAGCAAUAAAGUAACUGGCCCCAGGUCACAGAGCCCCUGCCCUCCUGCCCCUGCUGAACAAGUGGCUUGUAGGUUGUGCCUGGCCCUGCCAUCUAGAACUGUGUAACCUUGAACAAAUCCAUUUGCCUCUUUGAGCCUUUCUACCUCAUCUGUAAAAUGGAUCUGAUAACCUUCACCCACCUCAGUAGCAGCUACAAGGCUCCAGGGAGAUGAGGAGUAUACACUCACUCGAUAAACUGAAGGCACUGCACCUCUACUGUGGCCAGUGUAGGCCAGCCCAUAGUUUCAGUGACUUCCAGUCUUGGGGGCCUGAGAGGAUGGGGAAAGAAACCAUCCCAAGUCACAAGCACUACAUGCCUUUGUCCCUUGGAACAGCUGGAGACCUGGGGAUGGCCACAGCGUGACUCAGCUCCCCCUUCCUCUCUCCCCACCCCCAGCAGAGAGGUGAGGUGAAUGAACUGGUGAAGCUGUCACUCCUGGGGCCUCCCUACUGCAAUGUUCAUUAAGGCAGCAGGACAGUCCUCUAGGUCUAUCGGGAGGUGCCUUAUGAUCUGCCAGUACCCCUGCUUCUGCCUGGGAAGGCGCUGUCCAGCCCUAGCAUAGGAUCCAAUAGCCUAGUCAGGAGAGGAUACAAGGACAUGAUGGGGAGAUCUGGCAGACCUGGCGUGGCCACAGGGUGAGAUCUGUCUCUACUGUGGGGAGGACAGAGUCCUACAGACAGCAUGGUGCAGCCUCCAUAGUGGAAAAGAGGUGGCUGGAGUGAGUUCUUCCCAGCCCAGGCCUCUGAGCUGGGGGCUGAGCCCUUCUGUCAGCCCAGGAAACCCUCGGGCCUCACCAGCAAUGGAAUGGGAUCCCAAAGCUUCUUAGGACUUGAAACAGAAUGUGUCCACCCAGAGAGAGAAAGGGAAUUCUACCUGUCAGAGCCACUCAGAUCAGUGACAAGACCCUGCUUCAAAGGACAAGGGCCAGCAGGGUCCUGCCCUCCCUGUCAGUGAGCUGGGGAAUCCCCACUCACCCCAUUCUCUCUCUGAGACUUGUUUUUCCUCUCCAUGGAUAAUAUUAUAUUUCUCAUCUUUUCAACAGUCAGGGAAAUGAAACCUCAUUUCACAGGGGAAGGAACAGAGGCCUAGAGCCAGGAUCUUUGACAGAACACAGGAUGAGGACAUUUUUCCCUUCUCAGACCCCUCCUCUAACCUUGGCUCAUAUGGCAAUAUGUGGUCAUGGUUGAGAUCUACCACUUGUACCCAGAUGGGGCAUAGUGUGACUGUGUCCUGGUUUUGAAGUGGUUAUCGGUCCACUAUGGGGAAGGCCCAGAAAGCACUUGACUGCCUCACUGGAUCUGGGCCUCACUGGCAAUGGGUUAGGAUCCCCAGGACUUCUUAAAACUUGAAACACAGACCUACCCACCCAGGGAGAGAAAGCUUUCUGACCAUCAGAGCAGGUGAACCAGGAACCUGCACCCCUAGGGAAGGAGGGCCUGUCCUUGGGGCACACACGUCCUGGUCCCUUUUCCACCAAGCCAGUUCUGCUUCUGUUCCUCUCUGCCCCCAGACUGCUCUGCUGGUGUCUGGGUUUGCUCUUGGGGAGCAGAUCUGCUACUAGGAAGUCCGAUUUCACCCACCACCUGCUGUGAGCAUUUUCUGGUAGAGGUGGGAGGGAGCUAAGCUGGCCCUGGCAACAGAGAGGAGUCUAAGCAUAAUAAAUAGCUCCCAUUUAAUGAGAGCAUACUACGCACUGGCAUUGUGAAAGCACAUGCCUUAUCUCAUUCAUUCCUCACAGAAAUGGUGAGAUAUGUAAUUUUACUUGAGCCUAUUUUCCAGGUAGGGAAACUGAGGUUCUGAGAAGUCAAGUAGCUUGCUAAAGGACACACAGUGUGAGUUAGGGAACUGGGUUGAGGGGUCAUCAAAGCCUGAUCCCACUUUGGUAAAAUGGGCACAUUGUGGUAUACCCUCAUGCCUGAGAAUAAAGAGAAUUCCUAUCUCCA